AUCAUGCUUGACUUUCGCUCGGUCAGACCGGCUUUCCCAGGGUCCGGUUCUUAAAACCAUGCCUGUACCCGUAAGGCCGUGUUUCUCCCCAGACAAAACCCUACUCCCCGCCCCACUCUUGCUCUCUCUGGAAUUCAAUUGAAGCCAUGAUUGGGGGCCUAAGAUGGACGACCAAGAAGCUGGGUGCAGUGGUGAGCAGGAGGAAUGGGGUGAUCGAGGUUUCGAGUCCACUGGAGCCACGGUCAUGGUCGCGGUCCUACGGUCUGAUCCCAAUGGUGAUAGAGCACUCCUCCAGAGGAGAACGAGCCUACGACAUCUUCUCUCGCCUCCUCAAGGAGCGAAUCAUCUGCAUCAAUGGUCCCAUUGCUGACGACACCGCCCAUGUCGUCGUCGCCCAGCUCCUCUUCCUUGAGUCCGAGAACCCCUCAAAGCCCAUCCACAUGUACCUCAACUCCCCCGGCGGCGCCGUCACAGCAGGUCUUGCUAUAUACGAUACAAUGCAGUACAUUCGGUCCCCAAUCAAUACAACAUGUUUGGGUCAAGCUGCAUCAAUGGCUUCUCUUCUCUUAGCAGCUGGUGCCAAGGGUGAGAGGCGGUCACUCCCGAAUGCGACAGUUAUGAUUCACCAGCCUUCUGGGGGUUACAGCGGGCAGGCAAAGGAUAUGACAAUUCACACAAAACAGAUUGUCCGGGUUUGGGAUGCACUCAAUGCUUUGUAUUCGAAGCAUACAGGACAAUCUGUGGACAUAAUUCAGAAGAAUAUGGAUAGGGAUUAUUUUAUGACUCCAGAUGAGGCAAAGGAGUUUGGGAUAAUUGAUGAGGUAAUUGAUCAGAGACCCAUGGCUCUAGUCGCUGAUGCUGUUGGUAAUGAAGGCAAAGAGAAAGCUCCGAAUUAGAGCUCCGAAUUAGAGUUAAGAGGGUAUUAUCUGUGUUAUAUGAUUGUAUUUCCUUCGGCAGAUAGAUUUUUGUAGUUCUAAAAUUCUGCAGGAAAAAUGUGCUUAUUUUUUUCUUAGUUGUCAUGUUCCCUAAAUUAAUACAUUUUUUUCUAAAA